AUGAAAAUCCCACGAUCUUCUUGUCAAUGGCUUCUAUUGACCUUUGCAGUUGCGUUCUUAAGCAGUGUCUUUGCAGCACCUCUCCACACAAGGAAGCUAAAAGAAAGACCUUUUAGAAAUGGUGAAAUUGAGUCUAAAGCCCUCUCAGAGGGGUUUGAUAUAUUUCAUUAUGGCCAAACACUUGAUCACUUCAACUAUAAACCUGGAAGCUAUCGCAAAUUUCGACAGAGAUAUGUGGUUAAUAAAGAGUACUGGAAGGAUGCAGAUGCACCAGUUUUAGCAUAUCUUGGCGAAGAAGACUCAUUAGAUUCGAGUAUUGGGUUGCUGACUAAUCAUGCUAUGAAUUUUGAAGCUUUUCAAGUGUACAUAGAGUAUCGAUACUAUGGGGAAUCAAUUCCAUUUGGAUCAAAACAAAUAGCUUUCAGAGACGCAACUACUCUUGGAUAUUUAAACUCUGCACAAGCUUUAGCAGAUUAUGCAGAAAUUCUCAUUCAUAUAAAGAAAACGUACCAUGCUAAAAAAUCUCCUAUUAUAGUUUUCGGGGCAUCAUAUGGUGGAAUGCUGGCUUCAUGGUUCCGGUUAAAAUAUCCCCAUAUAGCUCUUGGAGCUCUAGCUUCCUCAGCUCCAAUUCUCUACUUUGAUGAUAUAACACCACAAAACGCAUUUGCUUUGGUGGUAUCGAAUGAUUUCAAGGAGGUUAGUAGAGAUUGUUAUGAGACCAUAAAACAAUCUUGGUCCAAAAUUAAUGAAAUUGCUGCUACACCCAAUGGUCUAUCACUUCUUAGCAAGAGAUUCAAGACUUGCAGAGACUUGAGACAUUCUUCUGAGCUCAAGAGUUACUUAUCGAUAGUGUACACCAAUGCUGCUAAAGAUAGCUGGCCACGUGUGAAAAUGAUUUGUCAAAAAAUUGAUGAAACUCCUACGAAAGAUGAUAUUCUUGACAAAAUAUAUGCAACAGUUGUUGCUGUAUCAGGGGAAGCAAAAUGCUACGUGAAUCCACCCCAAAGUGAUUCUUAUUCAUCCAAGGCAUGGAACUGGCAGGUAAAUCAGUUGCCGCAAAGUGAUUCUUAUUCAUCCAAGGCGUGGAACUGGCAGAGAUGUAGUGAAGUGGUGAUGCCUCGAGGCUAUGGAGAUGAAACCAUGUUUGAGGCUGCCCCUUACAAUGAAAAUAAUUUUAUUAAUAUGUGCAAACGAAGGUAUGGUGUGGGAGCUCGGCCACGUUGGGUCACUACCUAUUACGGGGGUCACGAUAUAAAAUUGAUUCUCAAAAGAUUUGGCAGCAACAUCAUUUUCUCCAAUGGGUUGAAAGACCCUUUUAGUGCCGGCGGGGUGUUAAAAGAUAUUUCGGAUACAAUUCGUGUUGUGAAGGCAGACUAUGGGACCCAUUGCCAAGACCUUCUCCCUAUUAAAGAUACUGAUCCUGAUUGGUUGGUAGCCAUGAGAAAAGAAGAAUUCCAAAUAAUUAAACAAUGGAUUGAUCAGUACUACGAGGAUCUUAAAUCUUAUAAUCAAGUGGUUACUAAGAAAGAGAAAAAUAUAUAA